AUGGGAAGACAUUCUUGCUGUUACAAGCAGAAGCUAAGGAAGGGCCUGUGGUCUCCUGAAGAAGAUGAGAAACUUAUGCAGCAUAUAACUAAGUAUGGGCACGGUUGUUGGAGCUCAGUCCCAAAACUAGCAGGAUUGCACAGGUGUGGGAAGAGCUGCAGGUUGAGGUGGAUCAAUUACUUGAGGCCUGAUCUAAAGAGAGGGACAUUCUCACAGGAAGAAGAGAAUUUGAUAGUUGAACUACAUGCAGUUCUAGGCAACAGAUGGUCUCAGAUUGCUGUUCAGUUACCAGGAAGAACAGACAAUGAGAUAAAGAAUCUUUGGAACUCUUCCCUUAAGAAAAAACUAAGGCAGAAGGGCAUUGACCCCAACACUCACAAGCCGAUCUCCGAGGCUGAGAAUGAAGAGAAUUGUUCUGCAACUAUCAAUGAGAAAGCAUCUGAAGCACCCAGUGACUCGAAAUUUGUUGAGGCUGAGAAGCCAAAACCACCUUCAUCAGCUAUGGACCGCUACCUACUUAUUGAAAACAACUGCAACAAUACGAAAACAUCCCAACCAACUCAUGAAUUCUUCCUAAAUAAGUUUGUUACCUCCCUUGAAAGCUCCACCUCUAGUUGUAAGCCUCCUGAUUUUUCGGGUUAUCUCAAUUUUCAGCAGCUAAAUUAUGAGCCCAAUACUGGAUUAUCAAUGAACCCCAAUGCCACUUUCUUCAAUCCAAACUCCAAGUCUUCUGGGAUGAUUUCUGAAUUGAAUUCUACAAUGACAACCAUCCUCCCUUCCAUGUCAAAUUCAAUCCUCACCACUCCUAUACAUAUCAAGCCUUCGAUUAGUAUUCCCUCCAAUAAUCCUCCAAUGAGCUCUUAUAAUAUCAACAGGGUCCAGAAUUGGGAUGCCUGUACAAUCAGCAACAAUGGUAGCACCAGCAAUGGAAGCAGCAGCAGCAGUAUUGAAAUGCAAAACAACUGCUCGUUUUUUGAGAACAACCCGUUUUCGUGGCCGCAGGCAAAUUGUGGAAAACGCGAAAGAGAAAGCCAAAUUCAUUCUGUGGAAGGUCAACCAGAAGACUUCAAGUGGAGUGAGUAUCUCCAAACCCCAUUUUCAGUAGGGACCUCAAUUCAGAAUCAAACUGCUCAAGAUAUAUACAAUGAGACUAGACCCGAAACACACUUCACAACGGAUGGAGUGUCAAUUUCGAGUAUUUCUUGGCAUCAGAAUCAGCAGCAACAAUCUUUACAAGCCUCAGAUGUGUAUAGUAAGCAUUUCCAGAGACUUUCUACCACAUUCGGACAAUUUUCUUAG